CUUCAUCAAACAGAUGCCACUGCCACCUCUCAGUCUCUCACCCUACUAAAACUCUCUCUCUCUCUCUCUCUGCAAUUACAGAGCUUCAGCAUUUCUCACUUCCCACCGUAAAUUGCAACCCUAAUUCCCAAAUCUUGUAUCAACUGAGAAGUAAUCAUGUGCUCAUCUUGUGCACCCCCGUAUUCCUCUCUCUUCCUUCCCUCUUACACUUCCUUCCUUUUGCGACGUCGUACUUUCUCCCCAACCCCAAUUCUCUUGAAGCCCAAAGCCACAAGGCCUAGACUGCACCUCUCUGCUUCACUCGCCCAGAGAAACCUCGAACUUUCAUGGUUCCCUCCGGACCAAACUGCCAGCAACGACUAUGGCGGUUGGGCUCAUGUAGAGUCUCCGCUUCAACACAAAAAUCCAGGGUUGCCUACAUUUGUGAUUGGGGGUAUUGGGGCUUCACUGGCUGCUAUAGUCGCUGCAAUUGCUUACUUCACGCUAUCCAGAAAGGGUCUGCAUUUCCACCUAUUGGACCUUUAUUGAAAGAUUUAUGCUUUUUACGUUUUCCUUUUUUUUGUUUUAAGUUUCAAAUAACGAGUCCAUUGCACACUUUUCAUGGGAGUCCUGCUGAUACCAAACCAACAAACCAAGGAGCAUUGGAUGAGGAUGCCAUGAUCUAUGAGGCAAGCCCAGAGACUGUACCUACUUCUGUUAGCCAAAAUACUACUUCAGCAUCUACGGAGAAGCUUGAACGCAUUAUAAUCCCAGCUGCUGUGGAUUCUACUCAACAGGAAGCUCUACAAGUCUUGAAGAAAUUGAAGAUCAUUGAAGAUGAUGUCAAGGCUGAUGAAUUGUGUACUAGAAGGGAGUAUGCAAGAUGGAUAGUUCGAAUAAACUCGUCAUUGGAGAGGAAUGCAAAGCACCGGCUUGUGCCAUCAGUUUCUCUUGCUGGGUCUGCAAUUACUGCAUUUGAUGACGUGAGUGUCGAAGACCCAGAUUUUGGGUCCAUUCAAGCCCUGGCUGAGGCUGGUGUCACUCCCAGCAAGUUAUCACAGAGGAGCUCCAAUUAUGAUGGUCUAAAAGACCAUGGAAACAUCAAUUUUUCCCCUGAGAGGUUUAUCUCUCGACAAGAUCUAAUUGACUGGAAAGCCCAUUUGGAGUAUGACUUUUUGCCAGGAGUAAUAGAGAAGAUAUCAACAACAUCAACAAUAGGUUUUAUGGAUGUGAAAGAGAUCAGUUCAGAAGCACCAGCAGGACUAUAUACUGACAUGUUGGCAGAGGAAAAUAGCAUACUCAGAAAAGUUUUUGGACAGUGCAGGCGGUUUCAACCAAACAAACCUUCAACAAAAGCACAAGCAGCAGUGGCACUGGCAAGUGGCAGGAUCACAGAAGCAAUUUCUUCUGAAUUGUUGAGAAUAAAAGCUGAAAAUUCUGCAAGGAAGGCAGAGAUGGAAGAUAUCAGGUCCGAAUUGCUUGACAGAGAGGACAUACAGAGGUUUUGGAAUGAUAAACUGAAUGAAGAGAAAACCCGUGGUCUUGAGGUGGAGAAGGCUUAUCUUGCUGCCCUUAGUGAUUUGGAGCAGGAGAAGAUUUUACAAGAAAAGAAUUUUGCCGAGAUUUUGAAGGAGAAGGCAGCUAUGGAAUGUCAGAGGCAGUUACUUCUCAGUCUCAAGGAAGAGGUCAAUGAGAUAUCAGAAAAGCUUGCAUCCGAGAGGUCUACUUAUGUAGCCGAGAAGUGUGAUUUGCAGGAUAUGCUCAGUGAUUUGGAGACCAAGCAGGAAAGUAUGCUUGAUGCGAAAUCUAUACUCGAAGCUGAGAUAGAAGCUAUUCGGAUUCUUAGAUCUUGGGUAGAGGAUGAAGCCAGAAAAAGCCAAGCCCGUGCCAAGGUACUCGAGGAGGUUGGACGAAGGUGGAAAUGGGAUAGCCAGGCGUGACCAUCCUUGGCCCCCAUUGACUAGUUAUGUAAAAUCAUGAGUGGAGGGAUACACAAGGAAUUUCUGAUUCUUUUGCUGUUUACCAGGAUUUCCUUGUACAACUUUCGAAGGCGGAAUGCGACUGGGAUGAGGAAUUUUAAUAAAUUUGUGCAUAAAGUAUAGUGCUAAGCAUUGAAGAAAAAUUAUUAAGUUCUGGAAAAUAAUGCGAUAUUCAUUUUUCAUUGUCUUCCAAUCAACCCCAAGAGCAAGAAGUGGCUACAGAAGGUCAUAAUAAAUUAGCAACUGUGGGCACUUGAUAUGCGAAGCAGAAAAAGAACAAGAAAUCCCCACAGUAGCACGUAAUUUUCAUAUUGGCAUUAUGGAGUAGCCAGAAAAUAUACAAUCACAUCCAAAUGGGGUAAAAUGGUAAUUUCGCAUGUUGUAGACAAGAGCAUGAACGCAAAGCGGUCAAAAAGUUAUUCCCGCUCGCUCGUUCGCUCAGUUCUUCUUUCUUCCCAAGUCCUUCGCUUGUUUGACUUGCUCUGUUGUCUCUCACUCUCUCUGGCGAAAAUCCUAGCUUUUGGCCAUGACCAACAAGACCAAGCCCAACUGUACGUUUGCUUGCUCUAACAGUUCAAGUGAAGCCCAGAUGGUAUGCUUUUACUUUUACCCAGCUCCAAAUCUCAUGUAUUUUAUUAUGUUUAUGUCUGGUUUGGUACUCUCAAUUGGAUAAAUUAAAUCACGAAAGUGACACCAGUUUGUUUCA